GAUGAAUAGUUUUAGCAUGCUUAGUUUUUAUCUUAAAAUGAUUCAAUUGAACCAAAUGAUAUAUUUUUCGAUGCAGUUUAUUAAAAGCAAUAAUAAUAACAGUAACUAUAAAUACAACUUAUGUAGGUGUAACAUAAUUAUCCUAAUGAUGUUUUGAAUCCAUUACAAAAGUAUUAUGCAUUUUUAUCGGAACAAUAAGUAUCAGGUUAACAAGAGGAAUUAA